AUGGGGCUGAUAUCAGCGACGCUCAUUGUUCUCACCAUCACUUGGGUGUUUCAUUUCGUUUUUCGAAAAGCCAAAUUCAUUUACAACAAAUUGACAGUGUUCCAAGGACCAGCAGCGCUUCCGCUUGUUGGUAACUUCCACCAAUUUCAUUUCUCAUCUGAAGAGUUUUUCGAGCAAGCGCAAGGCAUCUCCUAUAUGCUUCGAAACGGCGACGAGCGAAUAACUCGAAUUUGGCUCGGCGGUCUUCCAUUCGUACUGAUCUAUGGACCAGAGGAGGUUGAAGCUGUGUUGGGAAGCUCGAAAAUGUUGAACAAACCGUUUUUGUACGGAUUCUUAGGAGCGUGGAUUGGAGAAGGACUCCUUACAGCAAAGCCAGAUAAGUGGCGACCAAGACGAAAAUUGCUGACCCCCACAUUUCAUUAUGACAUUUUAAAGGAUUUUGUUGAGGUGUAUAAUCGACACGGAAAAACGCUGCUUUCGAAGUUUGAAGCUCUUGCCGAGACGAAGGAAUAUCAUAACAUAUUUCAUACCAUCACCUUAUGCACAUUAGACGUUAUAUGCGAAGCAGCUCUUGGCACGUCGAUCAAUGCCCAGAAAGACAUACAUUCACCAUAUUUGGAUGCCGUGUUCAAAAUGAAAGAUUUGGUGUUUCAAAGAAUGCUGAGUCCUCAUUUCUUUUCGGACACAAUAUUCCAUUAUUUCGGACCCGGAAAAGAGCAUGAUGAAUGUGUGAGAGUGCUUCACGAUUUUACAAAAAAGGCAAUAUAUGCGCGAAAAGCAAAAGUUGACGCGGCUGGAGGUGUUGAAGAACUAUUGGCCCAGGAGACCGCAGAAGGACGACGACGAAUGGCGUUCCUCGAUUUGAUGUUGGAUAUGCACGCGAAAGGCGAAUUACCAAUGGAAGGAAUAUGUGAAGAAGUUGACACAUUCACAUUUGAAGGUCAUGAUACGACGUCGGCGGCAAUGAAUUGGUUUCUCCAUUUGAUGGGAGCAAAUCCCGAUAUUCAAUCAAAAGUUCAAAUGGAAAUCGAUCAGGUUCUCGGUGAAGCUGAUCGUCCGAUUUCCUAUGAAGAUAUUGGAAAACUUAAAUAUUUGGAAGCUUGCUUUAAAGAGACGUUGAGGCUCUAUCCGUCAGUCCCAUUGAUUGCUCGACAAUGUGUUGAAGACAUCUCAAUAAAAGGUAAAACACUGCCGAGCGGAACAGCUGUUGUUGUUGUUCCAUCAAUGAUCCACAAGGACCCGAGAUUUUGGGAAGAUCCAGAAGUGUUCAAUCCGGAAAGAUUUGUGUCUGGAGAUUUGAAGCAUCCUUACGCCUACAUUCCAUUCUCUGCUGGUAGUCGAAAUUGCAUAGGAAUGCGAUUUGCAAUGAUGGAAGAAAAAUGCAUUAUAGCGAUGCUGCUGAAGAAUUUAAAAGUCAAAUCCAAAUUGCGAACUGAUCAAAUGCGAGUAGCUGCAGAACUUAUUAUUCGACCCAUGUAUGGAAACGAGAUUAUGUUUGAAAAGCGCUCAUUUGGAGAUUACACACCCCUGAUGUCUUAG